GUUUGGAUGGUUGUAUGAGUGAUCGCCAUGUCAAGUCAGCCAACAACGGCCACCCUUCUCAUCUGAUGUUGAGCAUGGGAUUGGCUUCUCCGUGUUAAGUUUGAAGGAGGCGGCAGCGGCGAGGGGCAUUGACUGCUUGGAAGACAAGGGGGGGGCGAUGUCCGGGGCGCUCAUGACGAAGAUGCCCCGCUAAAAGCCGUAGAGAAAGUAGGAUAUUAUCCGCAACGGUUCCCAACACUCCCUUGGGCAUUCUUUCCAUUGAACUCUUUUCUGACACAUACCAUCCUGCGACAAAUUCCCUCUCCGUCUUCGUUUUGCUCUUUUCAUUGCAGCAAACAACUCAGGCGUAACUCGUUUUUUUUUCUAUAUCGAUACCCCCUCAAAUCCUAAUAUCAUCAAAAUGUCCAACUCUCUUGAGCAGCUCAAGGCCACUGGCACCGUUGUUGUCAGUGACUCUGGUAAGCUACCUCCCAUUGCCAAGUACAAGCCCCAGGAUGCCACCACCAACCCCUCCCUGAUUCUCGCCGCCACCAAGAAGGCCGAGUAUGCCGCUCUCCUCGACGCUGCUGUCGAGAAGGCCAAGGCCGAGGGUGGUUCCGUUGACAGACAAGUCGACUCUGCUCUCGACCACCUCCUCGUCGAGUUCGGCCGCAAGAUUCUUGAGAUUGUCCCCGGCAAGGUCUCCACUGAGGUCGAUGCCGCUUUCUCUUUCGACACCAAGAAGUCCGUUGACAAGGCUCUCCACCUCAUCCAGCUCUACGAGAAGGCCGGUGUCUCCAAGGACCGCGUCCUGAUCAAGAUCGCCUCCACCUGGGAGGGUAUCAAGGCCGCCGAGAUCCUCCAGCGCGACCACGGCAUCAACACCAACCUUACCCUCAUGUUCUCUCUGGUCCAGGCCAUCGCCGCCGCCGAGGCUGGCGCUUUCCUGAUCUCCCCCUUCGUCGGCCGUAUCCUCGACUGGUUCAAGGCUGCCCACAAGAAGGAGUACAAGAAGGAGGAGGACCCCGGUGUCGCCAGCGUCAAGAGCAUCUUCAACUACUACAAGAAGUUUGGAUACAAGACGAUCGUCAUGGGUGCCUCUUUCCGCAACACCGGUGAGAUCACCGAGCUGGCUGGCUGCGACUACCUUACCAUUUCUCCCAACCUCCUCGAGGAGCUCAUGAACUCCUCCGAGGCCGUCCCCCAGAAGCUCAACGCCGAGGGUGCUUCCGCUCUCGAUAUUGAGAAGAAGACCUACAUCAACGACGAGCCCGCCUUCCGCUUCGACUUCAACGAGGACCAGAUGGCUGUUGAGAAGCUCCGUGAGGGUAUCAGCAAGUUCGCUGCUGAUGCUGUCACGCUGAAGGAUAUCAUCAAGGCCAAGGUUCAGGCUUAGAUGGUUGAAGAGAGAAAAGGGAUAAUGAUUAAAAAAUGAAUAAAUACACUCGGGUUUCAAGCACAAUUGCUGGUUAAAAAACUGGGAUGGAAUGACUUCUUUGAUGAGCAAUGGGCUGUUAGUUCAGUAAUUGAUUAAUGGCUUUUGAGGCAAUUUUGAUGUUUGUGUGUGGUGUGGUCGAGGCGGCGUGAGAGAUAAGAUUAGUGUGGUGGUGGCUGAUGACGUAUAAGUGCGUUUUGAGGUCGAUGAUCUUGAUACUCUAAUAAAAACCUUUCGGUAUUACAUCUCAUACCUAUAUCCUAUAUGUAUCAUGCUGAAGACAGACUAUGGCGAUAUCGUGGAACAUCACAGAAUACGAU